AGGUCUUCCGCCACAGAAGUCCGGCCAGCCAACCCUCCGCCCGCCCUUCUCUUCGCUGCUCCGACAGGGAUUCGCCAGCAGCUUCUACAUCUCUUCCUUUUCCCUCCGAUUGUGCCCCGAUCAGGUCGCUCGCGUGAUCGUAUCGCCGCCCUUGGAUUGUUUGCGUGUCAGCGUGUGAGCGAGACGAUAAAGGAGAUAUUCACGGAGUUAUGCAGUCGGAUCCCACCGUCAUCAGCUUGAGACCCGGCGGCGGGAAUCGAGGCAGCAGAAUGUUCGCCCCUCGGUUCGACUCUUCCGCCGCUGGAAUCCUUAGAUCCUCCGAUCUUCCCGUCCUUCGCCCCCUUAGCGGCGCUGGCGCCGCCUCCCGGCUCACGAUUGGAGACUCAAGAUUUGAAAGUCGUGAGUGCAUUCGUUACACUAGUCAGCAACUUCUACAACUACGUGAGGCUGCACGGAUCAUAGAUGAUAUUUUGAAACUCAAGCAGGGGAUAGAGGCAGAAUUUUCUCCUGAAGAUCAAACUUGGGGUCAUCGCGAUGUUAAUUUAGCAAGUCAAUCACAAAAUCGCUAUUUUGAACCGGACAGUCGGGAUUGGCGUGAUCGUUCUGGACCAUCUACUUCACAUAUAGAUCAAAGGUCUUGGGAUACACUUCGUGAGCAUAAAGAAUCAAAUAACUCUGGACACCAAGAGAUAAGCCAAUUCAAUAAGCAGGGUUCUCAAUAUGCUUCUUCGACUCCAACGGUAGGACCUACUACUUUGCUCAAGGCUGAAGUCCCAUGGUCUGCUCGAAGAGGCAAUCUCAGUGAAAAAGACCGAGUUUUAAAAACAGUCAAAGGCAUACUGAACAAGCUAACGCCAGAAAAAUUUGAUGUUCUCAAAGGCCAAUUGAUUGAUGCUGGAAUUACAACACCUGAUAUUCUCAUGGAUGUCAUUACUCUUAUUUUUGAGAAAGCUGUAUUUGAGCCAACAUUCUGUCCUAUGUAUGCUCAAUUGUGUUUUGACUUGAAUGAAAAGCUUGUUCCAUUCCCUCCUGAAGAAGGAGGUGGCAAGGAGAUCACAUUCAAGCGUGUACUCUUAAAUAACUGCCAAGAGGCAUUUGAAGGUGCCGACGACCUGAGGGCUGAAUUGAGAAAAUUGACUGGGUCAGAUCAAGAAAUGGAACGUAAGAAUAAAGAGAGAAUGGUGAAGCUCCGUACUCUUGGUAACAUUCGCUUGAUUGGUGAGCUUUUAAAGCAGAAAAUGGUGCCUGAGAAAGUAGUUCAUCAUAUUGCUCAGGAGCUUCUGGGGCAAGAUGACAAAACCUGUCCAGCUGAGGAAAAUGUUGAGGCAAUUUGCCAGUUAUUUAACACUAUAGGCAAGCAGUUGGAUGAGAGCCCCAAAUCUUGUCGAUUUAAUGAUGCCUAUUUCAAUCGGUUGAAAGGGCUAACUAGAAAUCCUCAACUUGCACCACGUCUAAUAUUUUUAGUUCGUGAUGUGCUUGACCUUCGUGCGAACAAUUGGAUCCCUCGUCGUGAAGAGGUCAAGGCCAAAACCAUAAGUGAAAUUCAUUCAGAAGCAGAAAAAAAUCUUGGAUUACGCCCUGGUGCAACUGCAAGCUUGAGAAACAACCGUGAGGGUGGUCCUGCUUUAGGAGGGUUUAGUCCUACUGGAUUACCUACCAACAUACCUGGAACUGGUGGUAUGAUGCCAGGUAUGCCUGGAAUGAGAAAGAUGCCUGGAAUGCCUGGGUUAGAUAGGGAUGAUUGGGAAGUUCCACGGAGCACAUCCAUACCAAGGGGUAACACUAAUCGUAGACAUGGUUCACUCGUGGCUAAAUCGCCAUCCAUCAAUUCUAAGUUCUUACCUCAAGGUAGUGGUAGCACCAUUUCUGGAAAGGCUAGUGCAUUUUUGCAGCACAGCGCCACACCAUAUUCUACUUCUCCCCUUGUCUCAGGCAUAUUAGAUUCUCCUGAUCAAAGAGUAUCAUCCACAAGGUCUGUUGUUCAAAACCCACAUCCCGUGUUUCCAGAGAAGUCAAUAUCAACACCAAAAUUCAAUCCUAAUGAGCUACAAAAGAAAUCAAUUGCUCUUCUGGAAGAGUAUUUUCACAUCAAGAUUCUAGACGAGGCACUUCAAUGCAUAGAGGAAUUAAAGAGUCCAGAAAACCAUCCUGAAGUUGUCAAGGAAGCCAUAAACAUAGCUAUGGACAAGGGCCCUUCAUGUUUGGAUCCCUUAGUGAAGCUUUUGGAGUAUUUGUUAACUAAAAAAGUUUUUACUCCAAGGGAUUUGGGGACAGGUUGUUUACUCUAUGGAGCAACUCUGGAUGACAUCGCCAUCGAUUUGCCAAAAGCACCAUUGCAUUUCGGUGAAGUAAUUGGUAGACUGCUUUUAUUUGGAGGUGUAGAUUUCCAAGUACUGGAAGAAAUUCUCAAGAAGGUAGAAGAUGCCAGCUUCCAGACUGCAAUUUUUGAUGCCGUACUAAAAACUCUUAAAUCAAGCCCCAGUGGUCAGGCCAUAUUACACGCACAAGAAGCAGCUUUGAAGGCUUGCGAGAAAUUGUUAGAAUAACCUGGGAUUCCCUUCUUGUGUAUUACCACCAGCUUCAACAGAUUGAAACAGCUUGGUGGCAUGGUGAGGUUGCAUACAUCAACCAUCCCCUACCAACUGACAUUGGCAAAAUGCUCGUUACUCGAAGACAAAAACCAUGAAAGUGGGUCUGGCUAAUGCUGUUUUGUUCCACAUUAUAUGCCUCUAUUGAUAAGUGGCUACAUACAAUGCCUUUGUUUUUUUACUUUCUCUUUAUGUGUUACAUGUUUUCAUGGGGUUCAGAAAUAUACAGUGCAUUGAUUCUGUGCGGGUUUGUGAGAUGCUAGUAAGCUUCUGACUUGUAUAUUAUUGUGAAAUCUUGAAACUGGUUUGAAAUUUCAGCAAUAAAAAUUCUCAUGAAUAAUGAAUGUUUCCCCA